GCGUGCCGCCGCCGGCAAGUCAACAGAAGCAGCUUGUGCAGAGCAGUGAAUUUAUAAAUGUGAAUCAGGCUCUCCUUUGCAUCAUGUUUGGCACCAAGAGGCAGUGAGAAUGCCUUGUCCCACUUGAACCACAAGCGGAUUCUGGAUUCUCCCGCUUGGAGUUAAUGGAUGUAACCUGGCAGCAACCAAUCUAUAUGUCUUCUGUAAAUGAUCCUCCAAGGGUUUACCUGUAGCAGUGCUGUCAUGCUCCCAGGAAUAAUCACAAGAUUAAAGAAAAAGUCCCAGUCGGUGGAUAUUAGUGGGCCAGGAUGCAACCCAGUGGCAGCUGAAGCUCCUGCUCCUCAACCCAGUAAACCUUUGCUUGCCAGCAAAACGACUUCUGAGGAGGAACAGAAAAACACCGCCAAUACCCAAAAGCGCAAUCCACGGAGGAGUGAAUUGAAGAGAUAUUACACCAUUGACACUGGCCAGAAGAAGACGGCAGACAAGAAAGAUGGGCGACGAAUGUCUUUUCAAAAGCCUAAAGGGACGAUUGAAUAUUCUGUGGAAUCGAGAGAUACUCUAAACAGUAUUGCCUUGAAAUUUGAUACAACACCCAAUGAACUGGUUCAAUUAAAUAAGCUUUUCUCCAGAGCAGUCGUUCCUGGACAGAUUUUGUAUGUUCCUGACCCAGACUACAUAUCUAGUGUGGACAGCUCCCCCUCUCUAAGCCCUAUAAGUCCCCUAUCACCUACAUCUUCAGAAGCAGAAUUUGACAAGGCUACAGUAAAUGAUCCAGAUGGAGUCCAACGGAAAGAGUCAGUUGUUUCACCAGUACAUCCGUGUGUUCGGACUGCAAGAGUGGUGUCAUCUACCUCUGAAGAGGAGGAAGCGUUUACAGAAAAGUUCCUGAAAAUUAAUUGCAAGUACAUCACCAAUGGCAAGGGUACGGUCAAUGGUGUGCUGCUGGUGACGCCAAAUAAUAUAAUGUUUGAUCCUCAUAAAAUGGACCCUCUUGUCCAAGAGAAUGGCUGUGAAGAGUAUGGCAUCAUGUGUCCCAUGGAAGAAGUGAUGUCAGCUGCUUUGUAUAAGGAAAUUAUGGACAGCAAAAUUAAGGAUUCAUUAAGCAUAGAUGUAGAACAGCUGUCUGUGAGGGAACUUUGCCAUUCCAAGAAAGCUGCAAAGAGCAAUACAGAAGAAGUGAAUUCCAGGAUUGGGGAUACAGGCAAUGACAGCGCUAGCACUGCUCCGAGGAGUACAGAGGAGUCUCUUUCAGAAGAUGUGUUCACAGAAUCAGAACUCUCUCCAAUACGUGAGGAACUUGUUUCUUCAGAUGAGCUUCGACAAGACAAAUCUUCGGGGGCAUCAUCAGAAUCUGUCCAAACAGUAAACCAAACUAGUGCAGAAUGUUUAACAACCAUUUUGGACUUGAAAGAAGCUGGCAGUGACUUAAAAUCUAGUGUGGAAAUGGUUGUGAAUGUUAAACAGUUAGAUACCCACAGCGUGGGUUCAGAAGGUGCAGAGACGUCUGUAAAGAGUGGACAAGAAUCUAGUGAAAGCAUGGAGAACAGCUUUCAGCAGUCUUUGCAAGGAUCACACGUUAGUGAAGAAUGUGACAAAGAGACACCAGUGAGCAAAGAUCGAGACUCCACGCUAGGAAAAGAGUCAGAGAGUAAGAUGAGAGAGGAAUGUCCACAUUGUGAAGGUACCACAGACUCUAAAAAGUUAGAGCCAACUAGGAAGGGAAACACAGAGAAAGAGCAAGCUCAAGACUCUGAGGCAGAAGUUGAGGAACUUCGCAAACUCUGGAAGUCCCAUACUAUGCAACAAACCAAACAACAAAGAGAAAAUAUGCAGCAGGAUUCACAAAAAGAUAUUAGUCAGAAAACUGUGACUUCAGGAGAUGGGCAAUCAGAAGGUUCUUCCCUUACGAAAGAAAAACGAAGACAUCGAUCUCACAAGUUUUUGUGUCUCAAGGUUGGAAAACCUAUGAGAAAAACAUUCGUCUCUCAAGCAAGUGCAUCAAUGCAACAAUAUGCUCAGAGGGAUAAAAAACAUGAAUAUUGGUUUGCUGUUCCUCAAGAAAGGACAGAUCACCUGUAUGUCUUCUUUAUCCAGUGGAGUCCAGAGCUAUAUGCAGAAGAUACUGGGGAGUCUCUUCGAGAGCCUGGAUUUAUAGUUGUAAAAAAGAAGGAAGAACCUGAAACUACUGAAGAAUCUACUACUGAAGAUGCUGCUAAAGAGUGGGAGGUAGUAUCAGUGGCUGAGUAUCACCGCAGGAUCGAUGCUCUAAAUAGUGAAGAACUGCGCACACUCUGCAGACGUCUCCAGAUAACAACAAGAGAAGAUAUCAACUCAAAACAGGCAACAAACAUUAAAACAGACCUGGAGCCUGAGGCAUUCCGGCCAAAUCUUAGCGAUCCCAGUGAAUUACUUCAGCCUGAGCAAAUAGAAAAGCUCACGAAGUCUCUUCCACCACGGACCAUUGGAUAUCCAUGGACUCUUGCCUACAGUACUGCAAAGCAUGGCAUGAGUUUGAAGACUCUGUAUCGAACUAUGCUGGGAUUAGAUACACCUGUGUUGUUGGUUAUCAAGGACAGUGAUGGACAGAUUUUUGGUGCACUAGCAUCUGAACCAUUUAAAGUGAGUGAUGGAUUUUAUGGCACUGGGGAGACCUUUCUGUUCACGUUUUCUCCAGAUUUUGAGGUUUUCAAAUGGACAGGAGACAACAUGUUCUUCAUUAAAGGCGACAUGGACUCCCUUGCUUUUGGUGGAGGAGGUGGGGAAUUUGCUCUUUGGCUCGAUGGGGAUCUCUACCAUGGAAGAAGUCAUUCAUGCAAAACAUUUGGGAAUCACACACUUUCUAAGAGAGAAGACUUCAUUAUUCAAGACAUAGAAAUUUGGGCAUUUGAAUGAGUUGUAAAUGAGAACUAUUUCUACAGGGUAUUGUCCCAAACCUGAAAUUAAUCAAUGCAGCUUGAAAUCUCUAUGAGCAAUAUAAUGCACCAGUUUACUUUUUUUUUUUUUUUUCAGCAUGGCCAUUUAGUUAUUUUGCAAUAGUGGACUUUUUUCAUGCUUCUUUGACUGCAAUAUACUGUCUUACUUUUUCUAAGCUGUAGAAACAAACAAAAAAAAAAUGCAGACUGUGGACUAAAAAAAAGAA